GUAGUGAGCCGCUUUGCAUCAUGGGAUCCAAAAUGUCUCCUCACACUGAUAGCUAAUGCUAAUUUACCGAAGAGAACGGCGAAUAAAAAUAUAGUUUACUGUUUUCCGGUGAAUGCAGUGUCAGUAUUGAGCUGUUAUAUUGACUGUAAUCCACCCUCGCUAUGUCCACGAAGGCGGAGUGCAGAGUGUCCAGCACCAGCUCCAGAUCAGACGAAAGGAGGAGGUCAAGGAGCUCAGGACGAGAGAAAAAGAAGCGGAAACGAAGUCGUAGCAGAUCUUCGUCCUCCUCCUCCAGUUCAUCGUCAUCCUCUUCGUCGUCGUCUUCAUCCUCAUCAUCGUCGGCCUCUUCUGUAUCGUCACGCUCUUCCAGCCGCAGUCGGAGUAGCUCUAGCAGUAGUGACUCUCGCAGUAAAUCCAGAAAGCAGUCCAAGAAACGGAAAAAGGAGAAAAACAAAAAACAGAAGGGGAAGAAAGGGAAGCGUCAUAAACGUAAAAAAGACAAGAAAUCGAAAGGAGAAGAGGACAACUCUGGACCUGUACAGAUCUCCAAGUACUUGAAAGACAGAAAAAAAGGCAAAUACAGCAUGAUUUCAGGGAAGAAGAUAAAGAUGAAAGUGAAGAAGUCAAAGAAAGACAAGCAGAGGGACAAGAAUCGAGCAGAGCUUCUUGACUUCUUGAACUCCACCCUGUGAUGCUGCUGCAGAUGCUGGACCUCGGUUUCCGGAGAACAAACUGAAGUGGUGUAUUUUUUUUUUUCCAAUGAUGAAUAUGACUCUUAUUGCCACAGAGGGGCAGCACCGAGCUAUAUGGAGGCAUAAUCUCUGCAAUCAAAGAGGGAUUUCUUCAGACUCCAAGCUCCAUUCCCACUGUGCUACUGUGCUGGUGGUCUGUUUUUCUGUUAAUGUUGUUUCAUUCAGAGUUGUGUCUGUGCUGAGUUAGACAGACGGUAAUUAAAUUUUGAGACCUACUAAC